AUGCCCGUUCCCCCACACCAGCCAGAGCGAAGGAAAGUCUCAACACCUAAGCGUCCCAGAAUUUUUACCUCAUCAGAAGAGGAGUCCUCUUCGGACCUGGAAGCAGAUCUCACGAUGUCGGAGUGCUUAAUUCACGUGUCAGAUGAGGAGCCAGAUGAGCCGGAAAUACAGCAAAUUGAGCCGGAAUUACAGCAGAUUGAGCCGGAUAUACAGGGACUGGAGCCGGAGGUGCAAGAACCGGAACCAGAAAUCCAGGAUCUUGAGCCAGAGAUCGUGGAAGCACUGCCGGAAAUCCAGGAAACGCAGCUUGGGGAAGUACAUAUACAGCCAGAGAAGGAAAGCACCACCAUUGUAAAUGAGGAUGAUGAGAAUCAUCAGGAGACACCUGAUACAGCCAGAAAUGAGGACGAGUAG